AAGUAACGACGACAGCGGCAGCAAUGACAACCAGAGGGGCGACGGGAAUGCCGCUACCUUUCUGCUGCCGGCACCGGACGUGGUUUCCUUCAACAUCGCGAUUGGGGCCUGCGCGAGGGCGGGUGAAGCAUCGCUCGCUGUAUCCUUGUUCGACGAAAUGAGAGCGGCGGCUGUCGCAGACAGCCCAACGGCGGGUGAUGGCGUGUUGGCUGUAGGUGAGGGCACCGCGCGCCCGUCUCCGGUCCCAUCACCGGACAGGUUGAGCUACAACUCCACCCUCUCAGCCUGCGGGCGUGCGGUCACCGCCGACGAUGCGGAGUGGCUGCAGAGGGCGUUGGAUAUUUUGGAGGCGAUGAGGACCGGUGAAGAUGGUGCUCCGUCCCCGGAUAUUGUUUCGUACAAGGAGGUCGUGAAUGCAUGUGGGCGGGCCGGGCGCUGGGAUCAGGCGCUGUCCUGGGUGGAUGCUGCGGUUGACGCUGGUCUGGAGCUGACGGCCUCGGUGUUUUGCGCGAUAAUAAUUGCGUUCGGCCGGGGGCGGGAGUGGCGCCGCUCCUUGUCGGUGGUCUACGACGACAUGCCGGCCUAUGAGGUUGAUCCGGACAAAUUUUGCUACAACAUGGCUCUAAGGGCGUGCGCGGAUGCGGGCCAGGUGAAGGAGGCCCUGGACAUCCUCGACCAGGAUCUUUCCGGACAAAGGGGGGUCAACGCCUUCAGCUACAGCUCCAUUAUCGACGCGCUCGCACGACAGGGUGACGCAGAGCUCGGCCUUCGGCUCCUGCGGGAGAUCCACGUGUCUACAGGGUACUCGCCUAACGCCUGGCACUACGGCGGGGUGUUCCUUUCAUUCCUCAAGGCUGGGGAUGAAACUGGGGCCCUAGCUAUCCAAUCGGAGUGGAGAGAUAUCCAGGCACGCGAAGCCACGGAGCGAAUGCGUCGGGGAGCCGAUGGAAGCGGUGGAGACGGUGACUGUUCGGAACAUCGCUCGCGAAAUGGUCGCAUCGACCCCAACAGCGAUAAAAACGGCGCCAGAACCGCGCAUCGCGGUGUAGCAAAACAAGAUCCAGAGGGACAGCGUGCGGUGGUGGAACUGGCGGCCGCGGCCCCGGGAGACCGUUUCCAGCCUUUGGACUUGCUCUGCUUGGCGGCGUUUCAUGCCGAUAACGGCGCAUGGUCGGACUGUUUAGAUGUUCUCGGCACGGCGCAGGAGGUGAGCCGGACCGCCCGAGCGGCAGUUAGAGCCAAAGCAAACGAGCUGCUGCUCGGCAGGACGGAGCGAGGCGAGGUAGUCGGCAAUGUUGGGGCAACGACCGGUGUUGCUGGAGCCGGGCUAGCGUCCUGGCGACAGGUCGCGGCAGAAAACUCCGAGGCUACGGAGCGAGCUGACGAGGCUUCAAAGGCGUUGAGGGGCUGCUACGAGUCUGCGGUGGAAGCUCUUGGCCGCGCAGGGCGCCACAAGGAGGCCUUACAGGUACUCGAGGAGGGCGCUUCUGUCACCGUCAAGCACGGGCUUUCCAUGGACCCUGCCUGCUUCGUCUCUGCCCUUCGUUCCUGCUGCUGCAACGACACCGAUUCCGAAGAUUCUGGCUCAGAGGCAGGGGCUGCUAUGCUCGGCGAGAUGGAGGCACGAGCUGGGGUAGUGCCGGAUUCUUGGUGUACCAACGUCGUCAUGGAGGCGGCUGUUAGAGACGAGGAGUGGUCCCUAGCAUCUAGACUCUUCGACGAAGCCGAAAAACGACAUAUGUCUGGACAUCACGAUAGGGGUAGAGGCGCGGGUACGAGUGGCGAUAUCGCUGAUGGGGGCAAAUCCCAUCGGCUAGCAGGCCCUCCAGGAGCGUCUGAUGCCCGGUCAUACGACCGCGGGCGUAGAGAGAUGAGAAAGACGGCGAUCGACACAAUGGCCCCGACGGCUCUGACAUACCGCUUAGCUCUGCAGGCGUGCGUCGGGGCAGCUCCGUCGGAAGACAAAAUGGCAGAACGAGCGCUUGAGCUAGUCCGGAAGAUGGUUUCGGACCUCCAUAUGGGCCCAAGACGGGAGGCAUUUUUGCUGGCACAGCAGGUGUGCGCGAAAUCAGCCAAAAUGGCUGUUGCGGUCGAAAUUCGGCGGCUGGAGACCGAGGCGCAGGACAGACACGAAAACGAGGACUUUUUGCGGCAAUGGAGAGAGCGACGCAGCUAUAGGCUAAACUGUGCCCCUUCCACGCUGGCCGGGUGAAAGUUGAACGGAUCAGAUUUUGUUGAACAGAGUGCAACAAGGGCGAUUGCCAAGGCAGCCCUGCCAAGAGAGAGGAAAACAUGCAGCUACAGGAUAUGGGAGACUGUAGUACUAACGCCUAGAGGAGAGCAUUUGAAGGCAGCACAGGACAUGUAGAGCUAGAGCUGUGUAC